AUGAGACAUCCACUACCCAGUGUUUUUGAAAACAUUCAUUAUGUCUUGGUAAACAAACCACCAGGUUUGAAAUGUGAUUAUUCUCAAAAAACCAUUGCAAAAGGGUUAAUAAAUAAUGAAUUAGUACCUAUAUUAAUCAAAUCUUAUCCAAAUUUAAAACCAAUCCAUAGACUAGAUUCAAGAGUCACAGGUGGGAUUAUCUAUGCAUUAAACAAGUAUUCAUCACAAAUGUUUAGUAGAAAUUUACAAAAAGGUGGUUCAAGUGGGUUUAUUUUCAAAAGACGUUAUAUUGGUAUUAUACCCAAGAUUACUAAUUUACCAAAUAAUGAUUCCAUAAUAUAUAGUAAUGAAACCAAAACCAAAGGGUAUAUCAAAACCCAAGAUCCAAAUAAUUCAUUCUCUACUACAAAAUUUAUAAUCCCAGAUACCACAAUCAAUCAAGAUUUACAAUUAAUUAUAUUACAAUUAGAAACUGGUAAAAAACAUCAAAUUAGGAAACAUCUUUCUCAAUGUCUUGGAUUGCCCUUGGUUAAUGAUAUUAUAUAUGGUAGUGACAUAACAAAGGCUGAUUAUAGAAAUCAAAUUGCACUUCAUUCAAGUUUUGUAAUGACCAAGAUUGGUAAAGAAAUUAAUAAUCAUUAUAUACCUGUGUUGGAUGGUGUUGAUAUUUGGAAAGGUUUUAUUAAUGAUCAAGGAAGGUUUAAUAAAGAAGUUGAAGAUAUUUUGAUUAAUUUUGAUGAGAGGUUGGUGGAAUAG